AGGGGAGGAGGCAGGCAGGGAGAUCUCUAACUACCUAUAUACAUUCCCCCCCCCCCCCCCUCCGCUUGAUCUUGUUUUAUUCGAGCAGCACGUAUCUCCACCCCUCCUCCCCCUCCCUCUCCAGGUUGAUCGGCUGAAAUGAGGCUUUGCGCGCUUAUCCCUUCUCGGGCUUUAAAACAAAACCCGGCCCCGCGCAGCCGGCGGCGGCUCGGGGCGCCUCGGCUCUGAAGCGCGGCUGGGCCGGGCGAGGCGAGGCAGGACACCGCGGAGCGGGGCGAAGGCUCCCGCGGAAACUUCGCUUGGAAAAUAAACCUCCACCACUCUCCUGGAGAUCCACGUGAGAGCAGGAAAACGCGACUGCAAGAUCUCCGCGCUGCUGCUGCAUGCUACGAUUUUACUUUUUGUUUGCAUUGAUUGUUUUUUUUCUGUUUGUUUGUUUAUUCUUACUUUCAUUUUGGAACCGGUUCCCGGUUGCUUGGCUGAACUUCUGGAGACCAAUGGACCUUUUACAUUGCCUUCCUCUGUUUUAAACAAACUGUGGGCGCUUAAACUUUUCUCUUUCCCCCUCCCCCUCGCUCCUUAACCCCCACCCUUCAGCUCAUGGGGCUCACACUGCAAAGCAGCCGCAGCAGAGGGGGAAAUACACAGACACUGAUUUAUUUUUCCGUCUCCUAAAUUGUAGUUAAUUCUUCUCAACACCCAUUCUCUCGCUCUUUUUUGGCUGUCGGGUGUCGAUCUAUGCAUUGUUUUAUCUGAUCUCGAUCUUUUUGUUGUUGUUGUUUAAAUGCCAUGCACUACUUAUCUAGAGAGAAAGCUAUAUGGAGAUAGAGGCGUAUAGUGAAUGCGCGUGUUUCCAUAAGACACACUAUCAAGGGAGCAGAUCAGAAGCAGCCCGGAUCCUGACCCUGACUGUAUGAAUAAGUAAGCAGGAUGCUGACGACUGUGUGUUAGUUGCCUGUAAGGUUUUCGUAAGUUAAAGGGGGACGGAGGAGGGGGGACAGACCAGAGACAGAGCUUAGAGUGUUUGUGCAGAGGGGGGCGAAGCUCUGACACUUUGCUCACUCCAGCAUAGCUGCUGCCUCCCAUCACUAGAGCUCCGCGGUUUGCUGUAGUGCACCCUGCCUCCCCCACCCCGCCUGCUCCCUUUUCUUUCCUUCCUUUUCUCUUUCUUUCUUUUUCUUUUCCCCUCUCCCCGUGGUAGUUUGCUGAUGUACAGCCCGGAUCCAUCUUCUGGUAGCAUCAGCGGGACCGGGGUUGGCGGCGCGGCGGGCGGCGGGCGCGCAGCAGGGCGCGGGCCGGGCGCGGAACGGGACGCGGGCAGCAGCCGCCGCCGCCGCCUCCUCCACGGGAAGUUUGGCUGGGGUUUGACAGAGGCGAGGGGACGCCCUGACAGACAGGAUCUCCCAGCCUGAGUCCACCCCCUGCGCCCACCCACACACCCGGAGACUUUUCCCCGACGAGAGGGCAGGAGGGGCACCGACGCUCAUGCUCCUCACUCUGUGUCGCACCCGUCUGAUUGGGGCUACCUAGAGGGCACCGUCUCUCGGAAGAGCCCCCAGGUGGAGAACGAAAAAAAAAACAACCAACCCCUCCACAAAACUUGUGGUUCCUCCAUCCCUUACCCUCCUUUCCCAAGCCGGCAUGGACAGCCGAACCGGCCGCCUAGUUCACCCGCGCCCUGCCCACCACCUCUUCGCCCGAGGGAGGAUGAAGAUGCUUUGCUGGAGGAUGGCACUGUGGUUGGCCGGGUGGACUGUCUGCGGGAAGCCUUCCUGCUGCUCUGGCCUUGAUUAUGACUACACUUACGAUUUCACUGAAGAGGAUAAAGCCGAGGCGAUAGAUUAUAAGGAUCCUUGCAAAGCUGCUGUCUUUUGGGGAGAUAUUGCCUUAGAUGAUGAAGACUUAAAAAUCUUUCAAAUUGACAGGACGAUUGACCUUACACUGCACUCCAAUGAAAGACUUGGCCAUAACACAGGUGGCUUUGGAGAACAUGGAAUGUCAAAAAAACACGGUGCCCUCUAUCAGCUUAUAGAGAGGAUAAGAAGAUUUGGCUCUGGUUUUGAGCAAAAUAAUACAUCUAAAGGAAGAACUACUGCAAAAUUCUCAGGGAAAAAUGAGAAAAACCGAUUUCCUAGAGCUGCUACAUCACGAACAGAAAGAAUAUGGCCAGGGGGUGUCAUUCCAUAUGUUAUAGGUGGAAAUUUCACUGGCACCCAGCGCGCCAUGUUCAAACAGGCCAUGCGGCACUGGGAAAAGUACACGUGCGUUACAUUUAUCGAACGAAGCGAUGAGGAAAGCUAUAUUGUUUUUACAUACAGACCAUGUGGGUGCUGUUCUUAUGUGGGUCGAAGGGGAAAUGGUCCUCAGGCUAUAUCUAUUGGCAAGAACUGUGAUAAAUUUGGCAUAGUUGUCCAUGAAUUGGGUCAUGUGAUAGGUUUUUGGCACGAACAUACACGACCAGACCGUGAUGACCAUGUUACCAUCAUUAGAGAAAACAUCCAGCCUGGUCAGGAAUAUAACUUUUUGAAGAUGGAGCCUGGAGAGGUGAACUCCCUUGGGGAACCAUAUGACUUUGACAGCAUUAUGCACUAUGCCAGGAACACCUUCUCAAGGGGCAUGUUUCUGGAUACCAUUCUCCCUUCCCGUGAUGAUAAUGGUAUACGACCUGCCAUUGGCCAGCGUACUCGUCUAAGUAAAGGAGAUAUUGCACAGGCAAGAAAGCUGUAUAGAUGUCCAGCCUGUGGAGAAACGCUGCAAGAAUCUACAGGCAACUUUUCUUCUCCUGGAUUUCCAAAUGGUUAUCCUUCCUACACACACUGCAUAUGGAGAAUCUCUGUGACCCCAGGAGAGAAGAUAGUUUUAAACUUCACCACCAUGGACCUUUACAAAAGCAGUCUCUGUUGGUACGACUAUAUUGAAGUAAGGGACGGCUACUGGAGAAAAUCACCUCUGCUUGGCAGGUUUUGUGGUGACAAACUGCCAGAAGUCCUUGCAUCCUCCGACAGCAGGAUGUGGAUCGAGUUUCGCAGCAGCAGUAACUGGGUUGGGAAAGGUUUUGCAGCAAUUUAUGAAGCUAUCUGUGGAGGUGAAAUCCACAAAAAUGAAGGCCAGAUCCAGUCUCCCAAUUAUCCUGAUGACUACAGACCAAUGAAGGAAUGUGUGUGGAAAAUAACAGUGUCAGAAAACUACAAUGUAGGAUUAACCUUUCAAGCAUUUGAGAUUGAAAGACAUGACAACUGUGCAUAUGACUACUUGGAAAUUCGAGAUGGAACAAAUGAAAACAGUCCUUUAAUUGGUCACUUUUGUGGCUAUGACAAGCCAGAAGACAUUAGAUCUACCUCUAAUACCCUGUGGAUGAAGUUUGUUUCUGAUGGAACUGUUAACAAAGCAGGAUUUGCAGCUAACUUUUUUAAAGAGGAAGAUGAAUGUGCCAAACCUGACAACGGUGGCUGUGAGCAGCGCUGUGUAAAUACUCUGGGCAGUUACCAGUGUGCCUGUGAUCCUGGAUAUGAACUUGGUCCUGACAAAAAGAGUUGUGAAGCUGCUUGUGGAGGACUCCUGACAAAGCUAAAUGGGACUAUAACCACACCAGGGUGGCCCAAAGAGUAUCCUCCAAACAAAAACUGUGUGUGGCAGGUGGUCGCCCCAACGCAGUACCGAAUUUCAAUGAAGUUUGAGUUUUUUGAGUUAGAAGGAAAUGAAGUUUGCAAAUAUGAUUAUGUAGAGAUUCGUAGUGGCCUUUCUUCUGAUUCUAAGCUACACGGUAAAUUCUGUGGUACAGAAGUGCCUGAAGUUAUCACCUCUCAGUACAACAAUAUGCGAAUUGAGUUUCGAUCUGACAACACUGUGUCAAAAAAAGGUUUCAAGGCACACUUCUUCUCAGACAAGAAAGCUGCCUGCAAAGAGAAAAUUUUUGUUUUUGAAUCUUGCGAGGAUUUGAUACAGGUCCCUUCAGGCCGAGUACGUAUUAAUCACAGACUGGUGGCCUCUGAGGGUCUCAGAGACAAGGAUGAGUGUUCGAAGGACAAUGGUGGCUGCCAGCAUGAGUGCAUCAACACAGUAGGAAGUUAUGUUUGCCAGUGCCGAAAUGGAUUUGUGCUCCAUGAAAAUAAACACGACUGUAAAGAAGCUGAGUGUGAACAGAAGAUCCACAGUCCCAAUGGUAUCAUCACGAGUCCCAACUGGCCUGACAAAUAUCCCAGCAGAAAGGAGUGCACAUGGGAAAUCAGUGCCACCCCUGGGCAGAGGGUCAAAUUGAUGUUCAAUGAAUUUGAAAUAGAACAACAUCAAGAAUGUGCUUAUGACCACUUGGAAGUGUUUGAUGGUGAAAGUGAAAAAUCACCAAUCCUUGGGCGCUUAUGUGGCAAUAAGAUACCAGAUCCUCUUAUUGCUACUGGAAACAAAAUGUUUCUCCGCUUUAUUUCUGAUGCAUCAGUUCAAAGAAAAGGCUUCCAAGCAACACACUCUACAGAGUGUGGUGGUCGGUUGAAAGCUGAAACCAAGCCCAAAGAUCUGUACUCACAUGCUCAGUUUGGCGAUAACAACUAUCCGGUUCAGGCAGACUGCGAUUGGCUUCUGGUGGCAGAGCAUGGCUAUCGGGUUGAGUUAAUGUUUCAGACUUUCGAGGUUGAAGAAGAGGCAGACUGUGGUUAUGAUUAUGUGGAGCUCUUUGAUGGUCAUGAUAAGACAGCAGUGAGACUUGGUCGAUUCUGUGGAUCUGGGCCACCAGAAGAAAUUUAUUCAGCUGGAGAAGCUCUUCUACUUCACUUUCACACUGAUGAUACAAUCAACAAGAAAGGAUUUCAUAUACGAUACAGAAGUAUAAAAUAUCCAGAUAGUGUGCACACCAAAAAAUAACACAAGAACCUCUAUGCCAGAAAAGGAGAGUGAGAAAGUAAGAACGCACAGUAAAAAGGAAGGAGGGUGUGUCUUUUUUUAAAUUGAAGUUAUUAGCACAAAUGUUUAAUAUAAGUUCAGUUAAAAUGCUGACUUACAAGACCAGAGACUGAAAUAAAAUAAAAGAACAAAAUCACCUGUCCCAGUGGAAUAGUCAAGAUGAUGAUGUCCAGGCUCCGUACUUGACUGUCUCUGCAAACCUUGUGAAAGGACUGUGCGUGCAGGGAGAAUAUAAGAGCUUUUGUUAAUGAUUCGACAUUUGCUAGAACUGCGUGCAGAUUCAAUCAGUUGCAUUCAAGGGAAAUGACCCUGUAGACCGUUCUUCCUUCUGACACUUGUGUGGGGUCUGGGAGGAAAAAAAGCUCUUUUAGGUCACACACUCAAAAUACUGUCCUUCUAUCUAGUUGCUUUGACUUUGUAUCCUGCAUAGAGUGUGUACAAGAACUUGAAAGAAGAUAUGAAAUGGGAAGGUCUUCCCUUAUUGUUCUGUAUUUUUUACAAAUUCAUCUGUCAUAUCAGGUUAUCAGUGUUUUAAACUGGAAAAUCCUACUUCUGAAACAUAACUGAUCUAUAGAGUAUUUUGUUUUACUAAUAACUGAAAAGUCUGAACUGUUGCAUCAGUCAUCACUAGUGACCAAUCACUGGUUGACUGAAUUUGAAGAGUUAAGCAUCUGAAAAUGCUUGGUUUACUGGUUAAGUAAGCUAUCUCUGAUGAUGUGCUCUUAUUUUGCACUGAAUAUAGAAAGAGACUGAAAGAGUUGAAAACCUGUCCUGAAUCAAAAUUAAUAUCCAUGCAAAAGAGAAAUAAUAAAGGAUCAUCUUGAACUCCUCCUACGGAAUUUGCUUUCAGCAGUACAUUUGAAAACACUGCUAAGCUUUAUUUCUUCAAACCUUUUUGUGAAUGAGCUAUUUGCCUGGUUUAGCUACUGAGAAAUGAAACUGUAAUAGUAUCCAAGAGGGAAGCUUCCCAAAGACAGGGUUUUUUUUCUGAGAGUAAGUAUAUCUGUGAUGGUAAAAAAGCAAAACAGAACAGACCCAGGAUUAGUUUGAUAUCAAGAGUGAAUUCCUAUGGUGCUAUUCCAUGAACAUUAAAAACAAAAACAAACCAAGAAGUUUUAGACUUUUGAGCCAACAGUUUGCAGAUCACGAAUGUCUCACUAUACCUGGCUGCAUCUGGAAAAGGAAGGCUUUACUGCUUCAAGGGAAAGUGGAUUGCAAUGGCAGCGCUAUUCCUGUGGAACAACUACUACUAUUGCCUUAGAAUCCUUGCACACAAUCAGACAGAUCUUCCUGUAGAUACACCUCUAAUUUGAUAAAUAAUUGGACAACUCAGUCAUCUUAGAGUACAUUAACAAGAGGAUCUUCAAGCAAAAGCCCCAUCUUCAGAGCAAGAUCAUCUGCUGUAAAUACAAUGACCUGCUUUUGAUGUAGAGACAUGUUACAUUUAGAACUGAGAUAUUCUAUGUGCUUUAGGCCAUACAUGACUUUAGUCAUAAUGUAUAUGCAUUAUGUAAGUAUUGUAUGAAUGACUGCUCCAGGGGAGUGAGAGGUAUUGUAUGGGUGAAAACAGAAUUGUUUCUUUAUGUGCCAAGUUCUAUCAGGACCCUAUUUGACUGUAGCAACUUUUCUUUAAAGGCUUCAUAGACAGAUAACAAGGACUUCUAGUUGGCAAGAAUCAAGUUUAAAUGAAGUAUUAUGUUUCACUUACAAGAAAUAUUAUUUUGAUAUCCUUUGAUGUAAGUUGCUACUCAGAUUAGCUUAGUUUUUGUUUCCUUACUAUGAACAUACAUUGGCACUAAUAAAUCUGACCUUUUUUAUAAAAAUAAAACCCAAAUGUCUGUA